GCGAGCGAGUUGCUGCUGCUGCCGCCGCCGCCUCUGCUGCUGCUUCUCCUCCUCCUGCCGGAGCGUUGCAGAGCGGCGCAGAAGCAGGCUGGAGGCACGCUGGCAGGUUACCGGAGAGAAACUGGAGCCCGGGGCUGGUUUCGCUGGCAGCGGGCGGGGGAGGAGGGGGCGGCGGCGGCGGCGGCGGCGGAGGAAGCGUGCGCUAUGCCUUUAACGCCCGGGUACAGUAGCCAUGCCUAGUGUGGCAGUGUAGGGAAACUCUAGGCGGGGUUAAAGUUCAGCUCAUGGAGCUGAUCCGCGCUGGCUGCAGUUGAGCAGAGUUGGAAAUGUGAAAGCAAGAAGCAGGCUCGGGUCUUUCCCCCCCUCCUCCUCCUCUUUCUUUUUUUUCCUCCUCCUCCUCCUCUCUCUUUUCUCUCUCCCCCUUUCCCCCUCCCUCCCUUUCUCUCUCUCUCUCUCCCUCACACACCUCCAAGCCACAAAAACCCCCACAGCAAGCAUGUAUUCUCCUCUCUGUCUUACCCAGGAUGAAUUCCAUCCAUUCAUUGAAGCACUUCUUCCCCACGUCCGAGCAUUUGCAUACACAUGGUUCAACCUACAAGCUCGAAAGCGAAAAUACUUUAAAAAACAUGAGAAGCGUAUGUCAAAAGAGGAAGAAAGAGCUGUAAAGGAUGAAUUGCUAAGCGAAAAACCAGAGGUCAAACAAAAAUGGGCAUCCAGACUUCUGGCAAAGCUACGGAAAGAUAUAAGGCCUGAAUACCGAGAGGAUUUUGUUCUAACUGUCACAGGGAAAAAACCUCCAUGUUGUGUUCUUUCAAAUCCAGACCAGAAGGGCAAAAUGAGAAGAAUUGACUGCUUACGCCAGGCAGAUAAGGUCUGGAGGUUGGACCUUGUUAUGGUGAUUUUAUUUAAAGGUAUUCCGCUCGAAAGUACUGAUGGCGAACGCCUUGUAAAGUCCCCACAGUGCUCAAACCCAGGGCUGUGUGUACAGCCGCAUCAUAUAGGGGUUUCAGUUAAGGAACUCGAUUUAUAUUUGGCAUACUUUGUGCACGCAGCAGAUUCAAGUCAGUCUGAAAGUCCAAGCCAGCCAAGCGAAGCUGAUAUUAAGGACCAGCCAGAAAAUGGACAUUUGGGCUUCCAAGACAGUUUUGUCACAUCAGGUGUGUUCAGUGUGACUGAACUAGUAAGGGUCUCGCAAACUCCAAUAACUACAGGAACAGGCCCCAAUUUCUCACUCUCAGAUUUGGAAAGUUCCUCAUACUAUAGCAUGAGCCCAGGAGCAAUGAGAAGAUCUUUACCAAGCACUUCCUCUACCAGCUCUACAAAGCGCCUCAAAUCUGUAGAGGAUGAAAUGGACAGUCCGGGUGAAGAGCCAUUUUAUACAAGCCAAGGGCGGUCUCCAGGAAGUGGCAGUCAGUCAAGUGGAUGGCAUGAAGUGGAGCCAGGAAUGCCAUCGCCAACUACAUUAAAGAAGUCAGAGAAGUCUGGUUUCAGCAGUCCCUCGCCUUCGCAGACCUCCUCCCUUGGAACGGCAUUCACACAGCAUCAUCGACCUGUCAUUACAGGACCCAGAGCAAGUCCACAUGCAACACCAUCGACUCUUCAUUUUCCAACAUCACCCAUUAUUCAACAGCCUGGGCCAUACUUCUCACACCCAGCAAUCCGCUAUCACCCUCAGGAGACUCUGAAAGAGUUUGUCCAACUUGUCUGUCCCGACGCUGGUCAGCAGGCUGGACAGGUGGGGUUCCUCAAUCCCAAUGGUAGCAGCCAAGGCAAGGUGCACAAUCCAUUCCUUCCUACUCCAAUGUUGCCACCGCCACCUCCACCACCAAUGGCUAGGCCUGUACCUCUGCCAGUGCCAGACACAAAGCCUCCAACUACGUCAACAGAAGGAGGUGCCGCUUCUCCUACUUCACCAACCUACUCGACACCCAGCACCUCCCCUGCAAACCGAUUCGUCAGUGUUGGACCACGGGAUCCAAGCUUUGUAAAUAUCCCUCAACAGACACAGUCCUGGUACCUGGGAUAAAACUCACAGCUUCCCACCAUCUGCCAGACCGACCACCUGACUCCUUCCCAACUCUGUAACAUGGAAGCAGCCGCAAUGCAGUGCAGUUACUUCACCUCUGUGGAAGGGAAGAUGAACAGAUACUGAUAGCAAACAACUGCUUAUCUUCAAAAAAAUGGCGAAAGUUAUGGUUGAUCAACAAAGGCCGUAACAUUGUUCGGGGGCAUGGGGAUGAGGGGGAUUUUUUUUCAACAAAAAAAAAAAUAAGAACACCUUAGUGACCGAUGUAAUUUCUCAUAUGGUGCUGGAAAUGUUUGGGCUUCAUACUUCUUGAAGUGUUCAAUUGGUAGUGUAAGCAUUAGGGACACUGGUAGUAGAGCCAGCCUUCUGGCUGCUUACUGACUUGCUGUUAUAACACUUUCCAUAUGGCGCCUGUUUUACAGUAUUUUCACUGAUUUUUUCCCCAUACAGGUGUGAGACUUCUUGAGAAAUCACAAGGAACACACAUUAAAUGAUAACUUUUGCAGUAGCUGAAUUCUGCAAUACAGAAUUUACAGGACAGACCUGGGGGUUGGGUUUUGCUUUUUGUUUUUUUCUGUAACAUAUCAGUUCUUUUUUUUUAAUUGCAGUCUGCGGUUAGUUAGAUGUAUGACAUGAAUCAUAAGAACAUUAUCAACAAGUUGAUUUUCCACCCAAGUUGCAGAGAAAUAUGAAAGAUCAACCUACUGCUGUUUACGUGAAAUAGAAAAAAGGGUUUAAAUGCUGCACUUACAUAAAGCAUUUGUAACAAUUUUCAACAAUGACAUAAAAUUCACAUGGAGAUGGGGAAGUUGGUCUGUUUUGAUAGAAACUGACAGAAGUCAAUCAAAACAAUCGAAUUUUGAAUUGAGAAAAGUGCAAUUUCAUUGGAUAGCUAAAUAUCUUUGUAAGAUAGAGAUUGUUGAAAAUUCUAUUUUUGUUUUCCAAGUCCUAUCACCCCAGGACUCUAAAUUAUUGGGGUAAAAAACAGCCUUGCGAGAAAAAAAGGGGGAGCUAUUUUUGCUUUUUAUGUUUUUUAUUGUUAAACUUGUAUCCCUUUAAAACUGAAGGAAAUUUUUUAAAAAACAGAAUUUAAUGGUGCUUUUACCACAAUAUGUUAUCUACAUUAAAUGCUAAUUAAUCAUUUUCUGUUAUCAAAGCACAUAAUUAAAAUUAAAUCAUAAUAUCUGUUAAUUUUAUAAGCUAAAAGUCACUAUAAUAAAUUAUGCCAAUUCUGACAAAUCAUUUGUGUUUCCGGCAAUAUAGGGUAUAUCACUUCUCAGAAUCCCUUGGACACAACCCAGCACGGAAGUAGGUGUGCUUAAGCCCUUUGGAACAAACGGCUUUAAGCCUGCCUCUCCCUGCAUUGGAUCGUGGCCCUUGAGAUAAUAAUAAUAAUAAUAAUAAUAAUAAUAAUAAUAAUAAUAAUAAUAAUAAUAAUGACAGAGCUGUCCAGAACGUAGAACCCCUUUGUGUCCCUGAACUGGCUUUAUUUUUUCCUGGACUGCAAAGGCAGCAAUACAGAAGCAAAAUGCUGAUUAUGUAUCUUGUGCCAGUUUGAGGCAAGGACACUUGCUUAAACAAAACAAAAGAUGAUGAAGAAGAAGAGUUUGGACCCCAAAUGUCCUGUAUCUUAUGUACAAAAAAGAAAAAAAGGAAAAGGAGGAAAAAAAACAGCAAAAAAAUGCAAGAGAUUUUUUUCUAUCAGACAGCGGAGCACCCCUUUGCUUCCCAUGCAACUUUAAGAAGGUUUCCUAUAUUAUACAUAUAUAUACGUUCUGGUUGGCUGAUCUAGCUAAUCAGAGAAAGUCUCUGCAUGUUCUAGUGUUAGUAACUAAUUUUUAUAUAGUUAAUGUAGGGUAAAGUAGAGUGCAUUAAGACACAAUAUUGUAAUCCCUAAUCCAGGCACUUGCCUUUAAACUAUGUUUGUUCGGCCCUUCAGAAGGGUUUCUACUACUGUCCUAUACAAUCAAGUAAACUGAAUUUCUUGGGAAGACACUUUGCUCCUCAUCUUUUCCCUAAAACUAUUUUUUUUUGUUUUGUUUUCUUGAUUUGCACGAAACAAAAAAAAAAGAAUUCCAUAUCAAUGUGCCUUGCCCUGGAUAGCGAUUAUUUGUGGAAUUGUUGCACAUGUUCCUAUAUUGAAAGGGGUUUUUUCUCCCUAGUCAAGCAUUUGGAGACACUUUUUUGUAAAUGUGACUUUUAUGUCAGCCAUUGUCAGUUUCAGCAUCUUAGAACUGAGUAGAGCGUUAGUUGUUCCACAGAUAGGGGUAGUGUUUUCUUGUCCUGUAUGGUCAGUGGCAGUGCUAUUCUAAGAUCUGUAGAUGCUAGAUUAUCAGUAUUUUUGAUGUUGCUGCAUUUUACAUUUUAUUUGGAGUCUUCCUCUUGUUUUGUUUUUAUUUUUUUCUCCCAGAUAUAUGAAAAUAUGCAAUACCUGCUUAUAUCAUGUAGAAGAAAAGCUUAGCAAUUCUUGAUUUUUCUUUUGACCUUUUUUUAUUUGACCAAAGUCGGUGCUGCAAUUGAUGCAGUGUGUUUUAGGUGUUUGUCUUUGUACUUUUUUGUUGUGAUUUUUUUUUUGAAUGCACACGCAGGAAGGGCUCUUCUUAGAGAAGCAGUCAAACUGUGAAGCACUAAGCUGAACCCUGCUUCAAGCAAUUUUUUUUGUUUUACAACUGUUCCUUUCACAAGCAAGCCUUAAAAAAAGAAAUCCCUUUUUCUUCAGAUCCCACACCCAUUUUUAUUAGCAGAUUGCAAUCAACCCACAUUCAAUAAAAAGUAUAUAAUGCCCAUUUUUAUAUGCACGUUUUUAAACUUCCAAGUUCUGAAAAUUGUUUACUGGUUAUUCUCUAUUUAAAGAAAAAAAUGUUUUGGAUUUUCAUAUAUGUCAAAUAAGUGGUUGAGUAGUCAUUUGCUCUGUUGUAUUGUGUGAUUGUUAGUAUUAUGGUAUCACAUCCACUAGCCAGCAUCUUUUGCCUUCCCUAUAGCACUUAGCAGGGCAUUACCUUAUUAAGACAUAUGUGCACUAAAAAAAGAAGAAAAGAUAAAAAAUAGCAGCUUUCAGUGCUUCACAGUGAAGGGAAAAAAAGCCUAGACAAACAUUUUGUCAGAACCUUGCUAUAAGCCAAGGUAUUACCAGUGAAUUGGUUGUAUAUACAACAAAAUUGCACCCUUUUUAAAAAAGAAAAACAAAGCAAACUAAGCAAUAGUUUGGGCAGAUAGUUGUUUUUAGUGAGCAUGUCAUAGUCAUGGCCGCAAAGAGAGAGAAUCAAAGCUGCCCACGCAGAAGCGAUGUAAUUUGUAUGUUGUAUAGUUUUAUUGAUUACACUGAUUUAUUCUACCCUAUUUUAUAAUGCAGGACUUUUGUAAUGUUGUUUAAAUGAGGAAAAAAAUUCUGUCAAAUUAGCUUAGUGGAAUUUCUGAUUGUUCAUUAUAAAGGCAGCAUUCAUAGAAUUGCUUUUUUUCCUUUGGGAACUGGAUUUAAGUUUAAAACUUUCCUGUUUCCUUUUUGUAUGUAUUUAAAUACAGUUAUUGUUUUUUUCUUUUCUCAAUAGUAUAGCAUAUUCCUAUGCUUGAGAAGUAUAGGCUACUGAAGAACCAUUGUAAAUGGACAUUACAGAUAUGCUGUAUUUUUGAAGGUGUUUUAUCAUAUUAAGUUUGAAGAUGGUAAAGUUAGGAAAAUUCUGAUCGGAAUUGAGUCAAAAUGAAUUGUUUUCAAGGCUUUAAAUGUUAGAUAGGGCGGUCAGGGGUGUUUACCAACCGGAGUUGUAAAGUAUUAAAGACACUAAAUUCAAUGGUGGUUCAUCUGAUUAUCAUGCAGAAACACAGCAAUUCAGAUCUGUUCAGGUGUGGAGAACAAACAGAGUUUUAUUCCUCGAAGUAGAGCAGAGAACGGAGAUCUGAGGGGAGACAAUGGCAUGGGGUGUACAGUCGACAAUAGAGAAAUAAUCCCAGGUCACACUUAGAAAGCAGAUUCACACGCGCACUUGCCCAUUCCAAAAUUGCUUUUCAUCCUUUGUACAAACCAUUUUUCUUUCUGAUCUUUUUCUUUGGGAACUGACAAACGCACAACACCGACUUCUGCUUCCUCACACAAAACACAAACAGGAGCCCACUUGGAAUUGACACUACCGAAAAUAGCUUUUUAUUAUUGUUAUUAUUAUUAUUAUUAUUCCCCUGACCCUUUUUCAAAAUAGGACUCUAGCUUAUUACUAUUAUUCUGCACACCCCUGCAAUAUUGUAAUUAUUCAUCUUAUAUAUAUAUUUUAAAUGAUAGGCCAAUAUCACCCAUGAGUAUACCUUGUCUAUAUUCUCCUUCUUCUCUUUGGAAAGUUGAAGAGUAAAGGAAUAGAACCUUUUCCAGCUCCACAGUAUUCAGUCAGCCCACAGGAAUAUGCAAAAUCCCUCUACCUGGUUUUCUUUCACUCUAUCCUUUUCGUUCUAUAUAUUUUGCAGCUUUGUAGUGACAGUGUUAACAUUUACCGUACACAUAUACACAAUGAAAACCCCAAAUACAUAACAUGAAACCGCUUUUUUGCCCCUUGUGUUUUUUUUAAAAAAUGUCACUUACUAUUAUACUUUGCAUUGUGUCUCUGGAAAUAUCUUCUUUUUAAAAUAAUAAUAAUAAUAAUUUUACUUUGGUAGAAGGCCUCCAUAGAACAAACAUUGCAAACCACAACCGGCAUAGAAAUGGAAGGAGAGCUUCAAUGGCACCUAAACCAAACCAAUCUUUCAUGAAACCUAUUGGAGAUCUCAUGAAGUGAACUCUGCCUACCAGGCAAGGUUUCCAUUAAAUCAAGCAUAGAAAGCCAAUUUUGUCUUGAAGUCAGUGCAUGUAUUACUGUUUGACAGUAAAACCCAGCUAUGCCACCAUCAAGUCCAAGGCUGUGCAAUAGUCUAAUUAGUAUCGAGUACAUUUUCCUUUUAUUUUUUUCCAAUAAAAAAGCAGUGGGAUGAAAAUUGCUUUGAUAUAUAGUAGGUAACAUUGAAGCUAUUCCAUAGCACUUAACUGUAGUGAAUACUGUGUCACCAAUUCUGAAAUCAAUUUAAUGUUUAAUGCAAAUCCAUUACAUGGUGCUAUUACAGGCUGGCAAAAUGAUUUACAAAAAUGUGACAACUUGGGCUCAAUUCACUCUGCUUUCCAACAAUGUAAAUGCAUAGCAGUGUUUAUCUGCAUGAGAACUAUGCACUAAUAUAAAUCUGAAAAAAGAAAGAAAUAUAUCAACUUUGGUAUCUAGUUUCUGUUUACUUCAAUCCUUGCCUUUUUGGUCAUUAUUAUAAAUGCCAGCUUUAGGACAGAAAGAAAAUAUAAGAAAACCAGCAUAAUACCUGAUAUAUUAAAAAUGUAGUGCCUGUGAAAUCUGUAUUAUAUUGCUCUUCUGAAGUAAGAUUUUUCUACACCAGUAGCCUUCGCUGUCUGUCAGAACCUUCUGAUAUAGGUGAUGUAAAAUAACCGUACAAUAUUAAUGCAUGCUAUUCCAUAAUGCUUAGUGAGCUGUAUGAAUAUUACUCAAAGUUAUGUUAGUUUUUUUUCCUGACUUGGUUCUUGUCAGAUAGGUUUAAAGAUAUUUCACUGAGAACGCAACUUCUGGGUUUUUUUCUCUUGAUUUUGGGUGUUUUCAGUAUUUUGAAGAUAUACAGUUAACUUAAAAUUCAGUAUUAUUUGUGGGGGGCAUUCUCUAUUCUUGAGGGAAGGCAUGGGGUUCAAAAUAAAAAAAAAAAUCCUUGCCUGGUAGGGUUUUAUUCUGUUCUGUUCUGUUUUUUUUUUUUUUUUUUGCUUAAAGCAUCCAUAAGAACUCUUUAAGAGCUCAAUCUCAGAAGACGUCAAGUUUCAAAGUAAGGAACAAUCCUCAAGCUUGGAACUGACCUUGAAAGUGGUUUCUUAAUGGACAAUAUUCAAACCAGGUACCCAUGUUUGACCCUUCUUCACACCAGACCUCCUUAUAUUGAAACAAACUUUUAAAGAACCUUUUAAAACCCAACCUCAUAUGGCUCUUUAGUUUCAUUCAUUGUUGCAUUUUUUUUCCUUCAAAACUAUGUAUAUACUUUGGGCCCGAUUCAUGAAUGGUCACUGGGCAUUAACAUAGGAUUUUGGUGUAUAUUUUUAAAUCCAAAUUUGGGCACUUUUCUUUCUUUCUAAGGCAAAUAUAACUUCAGCACAUUGCUGUUGCCAAGAUUUGACCUGAUUUUCACAUCCACUCAAGCUCUACAUGAAGGCAGAACAAGAUUUGUCUCAUAUAACUUGAGUACAUGCAUCAUUUGACAUGAAGGAAAAUUUUCCUAGGUGGUGCUCAUUUGCCUAGAGCUUCCUUAAUUCUGCACUCUGCUCAGGUAUAAGUGUUACUCUCUUGCUAAACAAACUCUCUUGGCCACAGGAAGAUCUACUGGAUUUUGUUUUCAUGACCCUUCCUAGUCUAAGCAGUAUAAGAGAAAGCAUUAACAACCUAGUAUUUCACCAAGUAUUUCCUUACUCGCAUUGAGUGGCAAGCCUCAGAUCAGUAAACAAUUCUUCUCCAAAAGAAAGAGAUAAAUUUAAAUGCGAAGGAGAGUGAGAAGAUUGGCAGUUUAAUGUAGAGGUAUCAUUCCAACUCAAUGAUGCUUAGAGAGCACAGAUAUUAAAUAUAGCAAUGUGACUGAAUGGACAAUCUCUCACCUGUACCUCUGCUAUUAUUGCUGCUGUAAAAAGAUUUGAAACUGGCUUUGCAGUUAUUUUUCAAGAUUACAAAAUGUGUUUGUGGAAAUAGCCACAAUAUACCUACGGUUGGCUUCUUUGCACACUGAGCAAUUCACUGGUGCAGAUCUAAUAAAUAUCCCUGGUUUCAUUUUUUUCCAAUUUGAUGUAACAAAAGUUCUUCCAAUACAUAUGUGAAAUAUCUGCUGCAAAAUCAAUUAACCUCUGUGUUAAUACCCUUGUGUCGCCACCUUUUUAUGAAUCGGGUCCCUUGUGCCUCUAGUAUCCUUGUAUUGACUCUCAUAGUUACCAUUUUAGUUUUACUGUGUUCUGUAAAAAUUUGCAAUUGGUUGAGAAUCACUGUGGGCAUCCAUUCUUUUUUUAAAAAAACUAAAUCUCUGCAGGUUUUUUGAGCUGGUGUGGAUUAGUUUAACACUUGUAUUCAACCAUUAGUGCUACCACCCUCUCACAUUACAAUACAAUUACUGGAAGCAAGUACUGCAUUUCCUAUGCAACAAAAAAGGAAAAUAAAAAAUUGCUAAUGCUAA